AUGCUUCGACUCAAAAUGGAAGUGGUCGCGGCUUUGGCUGCAUGGGCGAUCGCCUCGGCCUGUGAGAACCUGCCUAUAGCUAACCAUUGGAUUCGAGGUCUCUGUCCACGAUCAAAUGAUGUCAAGGACCUGGGAAUCAAGCUUUCACCGGCUGCCAAAGUUUAUUUCCCAGGCUCAGAAGAGUUCGAAGUGGCAUCAACCAGGUGGUCUGUCUUAGAGGCUCCUAAAGUGAAUAUCGUAGUAGUGCCGGGCACAGAAAACGAUGUCGUCGAAACGGAUUUACCCUUCCUUGCGUACAACGGUGCCCAUGGGGCAAUUACGACUCUGGGUAAGAUGGACCAUGGUAUUGAAAUCUUCCUGGAUCAACUGAACACCAUCGACAUUGCCAAGGAUGGAAAGACAGUAAAGAUUGGUGGUGGAACUAAGUCUAAGGCGGUGAUUGAUGAGCUCUGGGCAGCAGGAAAGCAGACAGUCAGCGGUACAUGCGAAUGUGUCAGCUUUCUAGGACCUGCACUUGGCGGAGGCCAUGGGUGGCUGCAGGGGCACCACGGUCUCGUGGCGGAUCAGUUUAUUUCUAUGAACGUUGUACUCGCAGAUGGGAGCCUGAAAGUGCUCGAUAAAAAGUCGGAUCUCUGGUGGGCGAUGAAUGGUGCCGGCCACAACUUCGGGAUCGUAACCUCCGUAACUACGAAGCUCUAUGAUAUCGUUCACUAUGAUUGGGCAAUCGAGACUCUUACCUUCAGUGGUGACAAAGUGGAAGCUGUCUAUCAAACCGCUAAUGACCACCUCCUGAGGAACGGUACCCAGCCGGAGGGCGUUAUCAAUUGGUCAUACUGGUUGAAUAACCCGAACGCUGACCCUGAAAAUCCUGUGAUUCUAUUUUACAUCAUUCAAGAGGGUGUAAAAACUGUCGAUUCAGCUUACACAAAGCCUUUCCACGAUAUUGGUCCACUCUCUACAGAGCCAAAGGGAGGAAGCUACACCGAUCUUGCUGAGUGGACCGGGAUCUCCCUGUCAGCACCUCCAUGCCAAAAGGCAGGCCUUGUCAACCCCCGGUUCCCUAACUAUCUCGAAGAAUACAAUGUCCCCGCUCAAAAAAAGGCAUAUGAGAUCUUCGCAAACGCGAUCCGUGGAAGCUCGGCAUUCAACAACUCAAUAUUUAUGUUCGAAGGGUAUUCCAUGCAGGGAGUAAAAGCGAUCGACAGCAAGUCCAGCGCCUUCGCUUUUCGAGGAGAAAAUAUCCUCUCUGCCCCACUCAUCACCUAUGCGCCUGCUGGCCCGGAGCUUGAUGAGAAGGCCGCCCAGUUAGGCAACGAGCUUCGCCAAGUUCUCCACAAGGCCAGUGGGCGGCCAGAGGUACGUGCGUACGUCAACUAUGCCUACGGUGAUGAAUCACCGCAACAAUGGUAUGGAAGUGAGAAGUGGCGCCAGGACCGUCUACAGGCCUUGAAGAAGAAGUACGAUCCAACGGGUAAGUUUAGCUUCUUUGCGCCUGUAGCAUAA